UAGGCGGCCCUCUCUCGCGGCGGGUUUUCCCCGGCCGAUACGCGUGAAACAAUCGGAUUAAACUGCCACAGUGCGGGAGCGGACCAGACCCUCGGCCCCGCGGCCUGUUUCCUUCUGAUGCGUGGAAUUUCCCCCCUCCCCAUGAUGCAUCUGACCAAGCCUAUGUCACCACGUAUAUGUCUGUAGGCAAAAGCAACAUUAAAUUACGUUCCUCUGCCGUUUUGAUGUGGAAUAACUGGUGCUUUUCCUUGUCUGACUCGCCAAAGCCCCAUAGCCAUCAACGGUGCCGGUAUUACUACUGUUUUCAUGGGGAUGGUGGUUGUGGGAACAGGAUCCCUCCAGGGUAAGAUAGAAUCCAUUGGUAAGCUCUUCGUUGCCGGUGACAGCUGCCCCCCUAGCUCUCCCAUCUGCCAGGUCCCGGUUCCUAAGGGCUCAAGUGACAAAUUCACCUGUUGCUGUCCAACCUCUUCUCCCAGCUGCUAACCUUUGUGUUUGCUGGAGGCAGGAAAAAGCUUCCUGGGCUGAUCGGAGGAGGAUUUUUUAGUCGGUGUAGUCCUGUUUGGGGUGUAGCUGUGAGGCGUGUGUGCUUUUGUGUACGCUUUCUCGUGAGUCACAGGGCUUGGCUUCUGUGUUGGAGAGGGUACGUGGCCUCGGGAUGCCUGAAUUAUUCACCUUCCCGCAGUGUGACUGGCGCAGGUGUUGGCUCCAUUGUGCAGUAAACUGCGUUUAAGCUGGGGAGGAUCCUCCAAUUGCGUGGGACAUGGAGUGAUUGGGAGGCUGCAUGGUGGAGCAUGUGUACAACUGGAGUCACUGCAACUCUCACGCUCUACACCGGAAUGCGGAAGACCCCAACCAUGUCUGUUCCGGAGACGCAUGUCAUAAAGGUUCAGUUUAUCACACCAGAAGCUGAAACGCUUUCCUAAUCGGCUGGGUUUGUUGAUUUCUUGGGCAGCGUCUGCCGUUCCCAGCCCUUGACCCUGAAAAUCAUCCAGUCUCUAAGGCUGCAAAUUAUCACCAGCUGUCAUGAAUGGGCUUUCAGUCAGCGAACUGUGUUGCCUUUUCUGCUGCCCGCCGUGCCCCGGCCGGAUUGCUGCCAAGUUAGCCUUCUUGCCGCCAGAGCCCACCUACACGAUUGUCCCAGAACCGGAACCAGCUGGCAGUUCCAGCAGCAGUUCCCUGCGGAGCAGCGCCAUGACCCGAUGGAAGCUCCACUUAACGGACCGGGCGGAUUUUCAGUAUAACCAGCGGGAUCUGGACACCAUCGAGGUGUUCCUUACCAAAAGCAACCGAGGGAACCGGGUUAGCUGCAUGUACGUCCGUUGCGUGCCUGGUGCCAGGUUCACAGUCCUGUUCUCCCAUGGCAAUGCUGUUGACUUAGGCCAAAUGUGCAGCUUCUACAUCAGCUUGGGCACCCGAAUCAACUGCAAUAUCUUCUCCUAUGACUACUCCGGAUACGGGGUCAGCACAGGGAAGCCCUCAGAGAAGAACCUCUAUGCCGACGUUGAUGCCGCCUGGCAGGCCCUCCGCACCCGAUAUGGGAUCAGCCCAGAGAACAUCAUCCUGUAUGGGCAAAGCAUUGGCACUGUACCCACAGUGGACCUUGCCUCCCGCUACGAGUGUGCCGCUGUCAUAUUGCACUCGCCCCUGACCUCGGGCAUGCGCGUCGCCUUUCCAGAUACCAAGAAGACUUACUGCUUCGAUGCUUUUCCAAACAUCGACAAAGUGUCCCGGAUCACGUCCCCUGUCCUCUUCAUUCACGGCACAGAAGACGAGGUGAUCGACUUCUCGCAUGGCCUAGCCCUCUACGAGCGCUGCCCCAAGGCCGUGGAGCCCCUGUGGGUGGAGGGGGCUGGCCACAACGACAUUGAACUCUACAGCCAGUACCUGGAACGCCUCCGCAAGUUCAUUUCACAAGAUCUGGCCAGCCAGCACAACUGAGAGCCUUGUUCUCACCCUUCCCUCUGGCUCCAUGCUGUUCGUUGAGGAGGGAGGGGGACGCUUGCAAAUCCGAAAAAGUGGAAUGUCGUCUGCGCUGCAAGUUCCUUACCCCUUCCGUCAAAGUGGGACUAGCCCCCGGGCCCUUCUCUGUACAGACCCUGGGUCUCUACCGGCGGUGUCUUGUCGUUGGAGGAGGGCCCCAGCAGUUUUCGUUCGACGCGACCAUCUUUGAGGACGAUGUAUCUGUCUGUGAAAUUGAGCCGUGGGUGGGGGUCCUCUCUUGACCACCGUCCCUCGGCUUCAGACUGCAAAAGACUGGCUUGUUGCCGACAUUUUUUUUUUAAUUAACACAUCCACUGGAACGGCACUGUGUUUUUGCCUCCACUGCACCGUCCUGUACUAAACUCUCAAUUUUCCCUGCGCCAAGCAAUAGCAAUAAGCCAUGCGGGGGAUUGGUGACCCCCGAUGCUCCUUCCUGGUAAUGAGAUGUCUUGCAUGAUAGGCAUCUUCUAUGGCAGGGGAAGAGAAUUCAGUCAAGGUUCUCUUGGUGGGAAUCCGUCAGUGGAAGACCCAAAGUGGAGACAGUCACAGUUUGGAUGCUGUGACUGAUCUACAGAGACCAGCACUAAAGCGGGGUUGGGGGGCGGGGCGGGGGGGAAUGCCAGCCAUUGGGGGAACUGAUCUGUCCACAAGCUGGAUUCUGUUGUUUUACUCUUUCUGCUCCAUCCACAACCUCCCACAUUUUCUCAGGCCAUGCCUUCCAGGUAUGCAGGCAGGGAGGUCUGAAGCCUUCACCCAUUCGUUUUGGAAACAACAAGGAAUAAAAAUUUUAAAGAUCCAGGCUCUU